UGUAAGCACCUUCUUAAAUCGGUGAAGAAGCACAUUGGACAGGAGGACUACAAGCGCCACUUUACAGAUUUUAUUAAGGAAGAAUUUAAGAAGAAUGAUAAACUGUCUGAUCCAUCCUCUGCCCAGAAUAAACUGAAGCUUGCUCGGGAUUACACUUUUUUGCUUAAUAGUAUCCAUCAUCAGAAGGAGCUCCUAUUCUCUUACAACAUUGCCGUGGAUAGAACAGAAGAGAUGAAAAGAACACUUGGAAAAUCAGCUGCCAGUGUAGGGCUUCAGCUUCCUGAGGUUUAUCAGUCUUGACCCUGACAUUCGCGGCGUUUCCCCCUCCCCUUUUGUAGCCUACA